GACCCCAUUUUCUCUCUGACAAGAAGGUUGAUUUAAACAUUUUAUCAAGAGAAAACAAUUGGCCGCUCAACCAAAUCGAUUUAUCAGAUUUAGACAAGUUGCUGCCCUCAUUAAAACACACCACGUGUGAUAGGGCAGUUCAAUAUGUUUGAUUAGACACGUUUUGAUAAUGUGAUAUCACUCACAGUGGUCUGUUCCUCUGUUAAAGCUCCACUCAAGUGUUUUGGGUUUUUUUCGUUUAACUUUUUUUCUUCUCGGGACUCGUGAUUUCGCGGAAACUUCAACCAUGUCCUCUGAGUUUAUGUUGUUUUAACGAGCCGCGUUGUACGCUUUAGUCAACUUGUUGCACGUGCUCGGUCUUUGCUAUUAGAUUGUACGCACGAGCUUUAUUGCCCAGGCAACCAAGCACGAGACUGACCGCCUGGUUACCGGAGGAACGAGACAGACCGCGACGGGAUGGAGUUCGAGGAGUCCGGUAUCGGGGAAGAGUGCGGGGUUUUCGGAUGUGUGGCAGCCGGGGAGUGGCCCACACAGCUGGAGGUGGCUCAGGUCUUAACUCUGGGGCUGGUGGCCUUACAGCACAGGGGUCAAGAAAGUGCUGGGGUUGUCACAAGUGAUGGGGCCAGUCCACCCACAUACACAACCCACAAGGGAAUGGGAUUAGUGAGCAGUGCUUUCCCACCCGAGGCUCUUCUAAAACUGCGCUAUGGUAACCUCGGUAUUUGUCACACACGCUAUUCAACUACUGGGAUCUCAGAGCUGCAGAACUGCCAGCCCUUUGUGGUGGAUACACUGCAUGGCAGGAUUGCUGUAGCGCAUAAUGGAGAGCUGGUUAAUGCUCAUGCCCUGCGGAAAAAGGUAAUGCGUCAUGGUGUGGGCCUCUCCACCAGCUCAGACAGUGAGCUCAUCACCCAACUGCUGGCACUGACUCCACCUAUGGAGGAGCGGGACGCACCAGACUGGGUUGCCAGAAUUAAGAAUCUGAUGACUGAGACCCCUACGUCAUACUCUCUGUUGAUGAUGUUCAAAGAUGUUAUCUAUGCGGUGCGUGACCCUUAUGGAAAUCGCCCCCUCUGUAUUGGACGGAUUGUUCCUGUCUCUAAACUGCACAGUUCAGGUGCAGGAGAAGAGGACACUGAGGGCUGGGUUGUGUCAUCAGAGUCCUGCAGCUUCCAGUCCAUCGGUGCCAGGUAUUACAGAGAGGUCUUGCCAGGAGAGAUAGUCCAGAUAUCCAGGCACGGAGUCAAGACUCUGAGUGUUGUCCCUCGCCCUGAAGGAGACCUUCCUGCCUUCUGCAUAUUUGAAUAUGUUUACUUUGCCAGACCAGACUCUAUUUUUGAAGGACAGAUGGUCUACACUGUCAGGCAGCGCUGUGGUCGGCAGUUAGCCAUCGAGGCUCCAACAGAUGCAGACGUGGUCAGCACUGUGCCAGAGUCUGCAACUCCUGCUGCACUGGGCUACGCUCAGCAGUCUGGGCUGCCGUAUAUAGAGGUUCUGUGUAAGAACCGCUAUGUGGGGAGGACAUUUAUUCAACCGAAUACCCGCUUGAGGCAGCUGGGAGUUGCCAAGAAGUUUGGGGCUUUGACUGACAACUUUGCAGGGAAACGAGUGGUGCUAAUCGAUGACUCCAUCGUCAGAGGCAACACCAUCUCCCCCAUCAUAAAACUGCUGAAGGAGGCCGGUGCAACUGAGGUCCACAUUAGGGUGGCCUCGCCACCAAUCAAACACCCCUGUUACAUGGGUAUCAAUAUUCCAACCAAGGAGGAGCUCAUCGCCAACAAGCCAGAGUUUCAGGAUAUCGCUGGAUACAUAGGUGCUGACAGUGUUCAGUAUCUGACUGUGGAGGGCCUGGUAUCAGCCGUUCAGCAGGGAAUCGCCUCCCUCCAGCAGAAGGACAAGAUGAUCACUUCCAGUGAUUCAGCUCCCAGCAAGAGAGUGGGCCACUGUACUGCCUGCCUGACGGGGAAAUAUCCAGUGGAGCUGGAGUGGUAACACCAUGACCAACCAUUACAGCAGCACUGCGGCUUUACUGGAAGCUCCCACAGCUGAUAUGAAACUUUCUCUGUAGACUGGAAUAGAAGUGGUCAGGCAUUUCAGUACUGCUACCUUGGACACUAAAUGUUUUAUACAGCAAGUUGUCUCUACAGAGGAUCAUUAUCCUGCUGUCUUUCACUAGAGUUGAAAAUGUUACUUUUGGAGACUUGGUGGUUACAGUUUUACCUAGAAACAGUAGUGUAGAAAUGUGCAAGUGUACUACCACACAACAUUGAUGCUUUUGUUUUUCAAGGUUACCAUGUAAAUGUUUUUUUCUUUCUUUCAGAAGUGUUUAAACUAGACUUAACACAUCAGGAGCAUUAGAUAUAUAUGUCAUGUCAGAAAAACGCACAAGGCUUGUGACCAAAAAGGUGUCUUUAUUUUCUUUAUCAAGUUUACUUUUCUACCUAUAUCUAAAAAACAAUUAUGUUCUUUGUUUUGGGUCUGGUUGUUGAAUAGUCUGUUUUCUGAACUUUAAAUCUAUACAUGAAUUUAAUAAAAACAUGAAAUAAUAAACAGAGUAA